AUGCCAGAACACACACCGGGGACAGGCCCUACAGGUGAGGACUGCAGGUGGCGCCCUGCACCACUGUCUGUGGCCCGGGUGUGGCCGCGCCUUGAGACAGCCCUGCAGGCUCCGGGAACCCGCCAGAACACACACCGGGGACAGGCCCUACAGGUGAGGACUGCAGGUGGCGCCCUGCACCACUGUCUGUGGCCCGGGUGUGGACGCGCCUUUAGACAGCCCUGCAGGCUCCGGGAACACGCCAGAGCACACACCGGGGACAGGCCCUACAGAUGUAAGCACCCGGGCUGCCCUUGGGCGUUCCGCACGGCGUCGAAGCUGCUCCGCCACGCGCGGAGACACACCGGCGAGCGGCGGCACGCGUGCGCCUGCGGCCGCGCCUUCCGCCGCCGCGAGCACCUGCGCGAGCACCAGGCCCGCCACCGCCGCGGCACCGAGGGGUCGGACAGCACCGGCAGGCGGGUCCGGUCCCGCAUGCCGGCCCUGCCCGCGGGGGAGGCGGGGGGCGUGCGGGAGGGGGAGGGGCGGGAGGGGAGCGAGCAGGCGGCGCCCGCCCCGCACGACGAGUUCACGGACGGCGUUGGAGAGGUCCACGGUCUAGGAGAAGAGCGCGGGGACAACGCCGUCCUCGAAACGUCGGAGGUAAAUCUUAAAACUUAA